CUCCAACCUUGUCCUAUAUCCAAAUUAAAUCUUAGAUACAGAGCCCGUCUCCUCGAUGUCUAUCUGAUUGCGUUACCUAAGAAGGAACAUAGCAGGAGGGAUUCAAAGAAGCACUACCGUCUGCGAAGAAGCGUCGUAGCCGGCUGUGUAAGGCCCUUGUUACUACACUGCGAGGUAAACAAUUGGAUGCUGUGGUCGGACGACGAAUUGAGAGAAAAUUAUGUUUGUUUUCCCCCCAUAUUUUGUGCGUCCGAUGAAGAAUUGAAGCCAGCGUUUCCAAAAAUUUGUUUGUCAGAUGAAGAAGGCCGCACAAAUGCUUCAGGUGGGGAACUGGAACCCCUUCAGUGCUCUUUAAGAACUCGGUUUGCAACAAUGCAUGAAAGUGGCACAUUGAGAUCUGUUUAAUAGAAUGGUUGCAGUUCUAGAGUUUCUGACCUGAUCGAUGACUCUGCUGCACCAAGGCCAAGAGACCAAGAGGAGAAAACAAGAGGAGCAUAUUAAUAAACAUAACAAGAAGGGAACAACAUAUACUUGUGAAGACUAUCAACAAAUUUAAUUACAUAUGGACCUUAUGUGGUUAUAGAAUAUUGGAGAUUCAAAUUAGUUCAUUUUUAGAUUUGGUUAAUGAUAGGGUUACAGGGCUAGGCCCAGAACCUAGUCGGCCCAGACCCCAAACUUGGACCAGCAAGCCCAGGUCCAGUGACCCAGAGCUCGAGUCGGCCCAACCGAUCAGGCCCAUCAAGGAGCGGAAGCCCAAGAUGGCCUGCCUUCCAGCCCGGACAGCAGCCUGCCUCCAGCCCAGCUAGUAGCCUGCCUUGCAGCCCGGCCAGCAACCUACCUACAGCCCAGCAGGGAGCCUGCCUUGCAGCCCGGCCAGCAACCUGCCUACAGCCCAGCAGGGAGCCUGCUGUCCAGUCCAAUGAGGAGCCUGCCUUCCAGCCCUGCCAGGAGCCUGUCCUCCAGCCCAGUGGGGAACCUGCCUUCCAGCCCAGUGGGGAGUUGCCUACUGACCCAACCGGAAGCCUGUCUUCCAGUCCAGCGGGGAGCCUGCUUACCGGUCCAACCGGAAGCCUGCCUUUCGGCCUAGCGACGAGCCUAUCCUCCACCCCAGUGGGGAGCCUGUCCUCCAGCCAAGCGAGGAGCCUGCCUUCCAGCCCAGCGGAAGCCUGCCGCCCGAGGAGCUCAAGCGUUCUGCCUGCUAGCUAGACCGACCUGCUAGCCAUCAAGGAAGAGUAACGGCCAACAAUCAAUGCGCUAUUAAUUAUGUAUUUAAUUUCGUAUUAAUGUUGUAAUUAAUUUAGUCAUUAUUAUGUUCAGCAGUUACCAUUUAUAAUCGCCUAUAAAAGGCAAUUCGAAUUUCAAAUACAGAUAUGCUAUUUUUGACUACCAAAUUCCC